AUGCUGCGUGCAAAGCCCGCCGAACCUCGCCAAGCUAACCUGUCUCCCGCUUCGCCCGAGGUCAUCUCGUCGCUCAUCACCAGCUUGUCGGUCAUCUCCAAGCCUGCGAGCAACCAUUUCGAGGGCCCCGCAGUCAACCUCUCUGCCCCUGGGUCGCCCCGUCAAGGAAGUUUUGGCGUCGACUACGGCGCCUACUCUCAACCCUCUCACGACGAAGAGUUCCCCCAGGGCCUCUCCCUCGACGAACUCGCGGCCAGCCCCCGUCAUCCGAACCGCGAAGCCGCCGUCGGGGUUCUCGCCCCUCACCGCUCCCAAGUCGCCCUCCCACGAACCGAGCGGCUUCAAAUCUUUCCUGAGGACCGCGUCCCGACCAUCAUCCAAGGCCCGGCCAGCGCCUCGCGUCCUGACCCCUUCCUUGCCGAAACCCCCAUCACCGAAGAAUCCCACGAGGCUCCGAGGAGAGACCUGGGCCCCAACGAGGCUGACGGCGCCCGGGUCCAAGAGGGGCUCGGUAAGAAAUUCACGCUCAAGCGGGAUAGCGAUGCUCCCUCCGACACGAUUCACGAAGGCGUGGAACACUCACGCGCCAGGGGCACAGCCACUGAUAAGCCGUUGCCCGUGCUGAACAGGGACCCCGAAGUCACUGUCCUCAAGCAUCCCGCCCCUCAAAACCUGACUACGACAACCAUCACCCGAGACUUCCCGUCGUCGUCAUCGUCGCCCACCCCCGCGAAACCGCAGAGACCGCACGCGCCCCACUAUCGCUCACCGAGCAACAGCCGACUCGAGGGCAUCAACAUCCACCCGCAUAGCGGCGACGAACCCGAAAACGAUGAUUUUGCCCCAUUCCCCUCGGUCGCCCAAGGCAGGAGGCGCGACGCGAGCUAUGACCGUGGACGAAGGCGGUCGGGUCAGCUCACGCCGGAUCCUCUGGAGGGUAUGGGUAUCAAGCCCAAGAGGAGUAACUCCAAGCUAAAGCGGGCAUCGGGAGCUCUCAGCCCUCGGGCGAGCGAGGACAGAUAUGGCGGUAACCGCAGCCGGCUGAGCUCGCCGGAGCCUAGCCCUGGGCUCCCCGGCUAUGAACGGCCGCGAAGCGCUGAUUCGAUUGACGAUGCCGUCGAGUCGUAUCUCUGCUCACCCAGGCUGUCGCAAAAGAUUCGGCAUCCGCAGACAGGGCGAGUCAUCUCCUUCUCCGAGGUGGGAGAUUCCGAAGGCUCGGCCGUGUUCUGCUGCGUGGGCAUGGGCUUGACGCGAUACAUCACGGCCUUUUAUGAUGAGCUCGCUCUCACACUGAAGCUGCGUCUCAUCACCCCGGACCGACCUGGUGUCGGGGACAGUGAGGCAUACGCUGAUGGCACGGCAACACCUCUCAGCUGGCCUGAUGACGUAUACGCUAUUUGCCAGGCCCUCAAGAUCAACAAGUUUUCAAUUCUGGCCCAUUCCGCGGGCGCUAUUUAUGCGCUGGCCACGGCGCUGCGCAUGCCUCAGCACAUCCGGGGACGAAUCCACCUCUUGGCGCCGUGGAUUCCGCCGUCCCAGAUGAAUGUCUUUGGAACCUCGCAGACACAGCCGCCUACCAAUGCUAUCCCCACUUCCCAGCGCAUCCUCAGGGCACUCCCAACGCCGAUUCUCAAGGCGGCCAACAGCUCCUUCAUGUCGGCAACGAGUAGCUCGAUCACCAGCUCGCUGCCAAAGAACCCCCGUAGGAGCAAGAGGAAGUCGACGAACAGCGCAACCCGCACCGACGCGCCAACUCUGACGGGGUCGCAGCAGCUCCACGGACUUGCGAACCAAGACAAGGAGAACUUUGGCCAUAAUGGGCCGAAAACGGGGACGAAUUCCGAUCUCCCCAGUCUACCGAUGGCUACGGAGAACAUGGACCUUGUCAAGCCGGAGGGACCCCAGGGUGCUCGAAUCAAGCCGACAGACAGGGCAGUGAUCAACAUGGCGACGAAUGCCGUGGCGGAUAAGGAGAGGCAAAUGACAUACGACACCCGCCUCACACACGCUAUUUGGGAGCUCGCGACGACGGGUGCUAACCCCGCCGUUGACUUGCUGGUGUGCCUGGAGCGACGACACACGAUUGGGUUCCGCUACGUUGAUAUCACGCGGCCGGUGGUGAUCCACCACGGCAGCCGAGACACACGUGUCCCCGUGGAGAACGUGCGAUGGCUAGGCAAGACGAUGCGACGAUGCGAGGUUCGCGUGCUUGAGGGCGAAGGCCACGGGUUGAUGGCCAGCGCGACGGUGAUGGGAUCGGUGCUCAUGGAGAUUAGCAAAGAGUGGGAGGACUGGAUGCGCGUCACGGGGACAUCGAGGACAAGAAGCGGGGAUAGGGGAGGCGGAUAG